AUGGCUGAUGCACUCGUUUGUGUGGUUCUACAACAAUUGGCUUCAACAACGUAUCAGCAAAUAGAAAAAGAGGUGGAAUUGGUCUUGGAUGUUAAGAAAGAAGUUGCAAAAAUCACCAGCAAUCUCAAAGCUAUACAAGCCGUUCUCGAUGAUGCAGAGAAGAGGCAAGUGAUGGAAGCCGUCGUGAGAUAUUGGUUGGAUAAGCUGAAAAAUGUAUCGUACGAGAUGGAUGAUGUGCUGGAUGAGUGGAACACUAAAAUUAUGAUGCAACAAGUUGACAACCAUGAAAAAGAAGGUGAUAUAACUCUUCUUGUUACCAAGAAGAAGGUAUGUUUCUUGAUUCCCUUUGAUUGCUUUUGUUUUGGCCAUGUCAGUCGAGUGAUUCUUCGUCGCGACAUUAAACUUAAGCUAAAAGAUCUGAAUAACAAGUUGACUGAGAUUGCUGAAGAACGAAAAGCAUAUAAGUUUCAACACACAGAAGGAAGAGUUGAACAACCUGAACGGCAGAAAAGCUCAUCGUUUCUUGAUAUAUCUAAGACAUUUGGCCGAGAAAAUGAAAAAGAUAUUAUAGUAAGCAAGUUGUUGAGUGAGAGUAGUCAAGAAAUUAUAAGGGGUCCCCUUGUUAUCCCCAUUGUGGGGAUGGGAGGAAUGGGAAAGACAACUCUUGCACAACUAGCCUAUAAUGAUGAAAAUGUCAAAGCGCAUUUCGAAAGGAGAAUAUGGGUUUGUGUCUCAGACCCUUUUGAUGAGAUAAAGAUUGCCAAAGCCAUCAUUGAUGGUAAUGGAACCCCAAACUCAGAUGAAUUGGAAGCUUUCUUGCAAUGUAUGUCAAAAUCUGUAGAAGGGAAAAAGUUCCUCCUUGUCCUAGAUGAUGUGUGGACUCAAGACCACAGAAAGUGGGAACAAUUAAAGUUACCUUUGCUGAAAGGUGCUAUGGGUAGUAGAAUACUGGUGACCACACGAAAAGAGGAAGUUGCUAUUAUGAUGGGAGCAAAGAUGAGCCACAUGAUCCAUUUGAAGCAAUUGAGUGAAGAAUCAUGUUGGUCCUUAUUCUAUCACCUUGCAUUCUUUGACAAGGAAGAAGAUGAAUCUAAUGUGUUUGAAGCUAUUGGUAAGGAAAUUGUCAAAAAGUGUAAGGGUUUGCCUCUUGCUGCAAAGGCUUUAGGUAGUCUCAUGCGCUUUAAGAAAACUAAGAAAGAAUGGCAAGAUGUCUUGCACAGUGAGAUAUGGGAAAUUGAAGAGGUUGAACAAGAGGUUUUUCAACCGUUAUUGCUAAGUUAUUAUGAUUUGGCAUCGGGGGUCAAACGUUGUCUUUUAUUAUCUUAG